UGAAAAUGUUUUAGCGUAAAUUUUAGAAGUUUGUGUUGUGUAUGAAACCUGUAAGUAUUUUGUAGUACUAGUAGCUAUUAAGUUUUACUCAUCAACGUCGUCAAUAUAAGAAUACAAUUACAAUGAAAAAAUGUUAAUGGUAAACUUUCUUGUUCGCUACUGUACCUGUUGUUCAAUGCUCAAUCAUUUGCUAAUUGUAAAAUUGAAUUGCAAGAUAUGGGUAACCGUAAGCAGACCAACAAAGGUUACAUUUCGCAAACGCGCAAACGUAAUCGAGCAGCUACUGCUCGGAAAAAGUUCCAUCUGGAGAAGUCUACAUCUGGAAGUAACAUGUAUUUGUUCGAGGAUUUACCUAAUCCUGGAUGUUUACCCGCUACCGCAACUGAAUGCGUUGAUAAAUAUGAAGAAAACAGGACUAUGUUGGACCCAGUUGAUAGAAGUGAAGACGAACGAGUGAAUGUGAAGACGUACGAGCGCAAGAAAAGGAUAACCGAACAUAUUGUCGAAGAUGCAGAAUAUCAGAGUAUUCAGAAUGUGACCUCCGAAAAAGAAGACUCGAUGAACAUUAAUAAAAUACAUGGGAAUAGAAUUGUAAAUAUCGACUACUUUGUCGACAAAUUGUUAAGUUUCCAAUACGAACAUGCAAAAAAAUGUACGUUUGGAAGACUUACCAUGGUAAAAGAGUAUCGAAGGGGACUAAUGGACAAAGUGUUAUUAGUUUGUGAGUUUUGCAACACCAAGUUUGUUUGUAGUACACAAAAUCCCCAAUCGAUGUCAUUGAAUAUGGCUGCUGUAUGGGGUACCGUUGUCAAUGGGAGCACCUAUACACAGACAAAUGAUUUAUUGUCCACACUAGAUGUUCCCAUAAUGAGCUUUCCGACAUUUUCUAAAAUCGAGCGGCAGUUGGAAACUACUUGGAAAGACCAACUAUGGUUAUCUAUGGAGACGGCAGGAAAGGAGGAACGUCGCCUAGCAGAGGAUUCGGGUGACAUUGACAAAGAUGGCACACCCUGGGUACAAGUGUAUGUUGAUGGCGGCUGGAGUAAGCGCUCGUAUGGCCAUAACUAUAAUGCUGCAUCUGGGGUGGCAGUUAUUAUUGGAAAGCGAACGGGGAAAGUAAUAUUUGUUGGUGUACGCAACAAAUUUUGCACCGUUUGUUGCCGUGCGGAAAAUAAAAACGUAGUUGUUCCAAAGCACGUAUGUUUUAAAAACUGGACAGGGUCGUCGUCGUCAAUGGAAGCCGACAUAGUUGUAGAAGGUUUUAAUCAAAGUAUUGCUAUGCACGGGGUUAAAUACCUUAAAUUUGUUGCUGAUGGAGACUCAAGUGUUUUCUAUCGCAUUCAACAAACGGUGUCUUACGGAGGGCAGGUGGAAAAAUUAGAAUGCGUUAAUCAUGCUAUAAAGAAUUACGGCAAAUCUUUGUACAAGAUCAAGGCAGAUACAUCGAUAAACAUCCAAGGCCGAAAAUACCUAACAAAGCCAAUAAUAACGGAAUUGCAAAAGGGUGCGCACAAAGCCAUAAAGAAAUAUUCGGGCGACGUAAAUAAAAUGAAAGCGGAGAUCAGCAACUCAAUUAUGCAUGUUUUCGAACAUCAUGAAAAGUGUUGUAAUGAUUAUUGCGAUAAAAAAGGGGUUGUUGAGCUAAGUCCAAUUUCGCACCUGAAGCGCACUGGUUUGUUGUACCACAUAAACGGAGCACUUGAAAACUUAUUGGUAAAAGCGCAUCGACUAGUGGCGAAAGAAACAAACAAUAGAGCCGAGUUAUAUAUGUCAUUGUUGGCAAAACUGAAUUGUGGAAAACGUUUGAAUUUGACGCAACGAAAUUCUUUCCAAAACAGAGCAUAUAUAACCGGCUUGCGUUACAAUGAAGGUGUAUCAUGGCAACAACGGGGAUUACAAGCAUCUGGAUAUGUGUCAAUUGGCAAUUAUUUCAUGAGACAUAUGCAUAAAAUGCAACUAAAACGGGAGACUCGACAUGUAGCUUCUCCACGGAAGCGAAAGCAUCGUGAAAUAGUUGCAUCAAAAAACUCUGAUUAUGGAGUAUCUGCUAUUCAGGGCACAUUAUCCACUGCAGAAAUAGAAUCUGAAUCGAAAAGAAUUUUACUUUCAUUACAGGUUUUUUGAUCCACUAUAACCUCACCCUUAGGGCUGGUUUCUAGAACGAAAGUUAAAGCUAACGAAUCGCUAUCUCUAGUGUUGUCCUUGUUUUUCACAAAUGGUAAACAAGAACAGCACACAGAUACAUCCAAAAUAUCGGAACGACUACUUUCUAGAAAUCGAGCAUAAAAGUAUCUUCACAAUCUCUACAAUUUGUAUGUAACUAACUAUGUAUACUAGAUAGGAACUAACAACGUAGUAUAUGUUGUGUUUGUCUACAUAUAGUAUAAUAUUAAUCGUGUAAGUAAUGUUUGAUAUAUCUGUUUAGUAUAAAUUCUGAUGGGUACGUAAAUAUCACCAAUAUAUCUAAUAUAGAAUAAUGGAUUAUACAUGAAAUUUAUAUAUUAUAGGUAACAAAAGAUCAACGUGACCAAAUAGCGAACACCACUACGGAGCAAUAUAAUUCACAAAUGUACGUAAACGAAAAAAGUAAACGGUUAACAGCAUCAAAUUUUGGUCUUGUUGUGAAGAGACGAGAUACAACCAGUCCACGAUGUUUGUUAAAUCGUUUACUUUCUUGCCGUAAAUUUAGAAGCCCAGCAAUGUCAUACGGUACUGAAAAAGAAUCGGUGGCACGUAGUCGUUUUGAAAGGGAAUACGAUUUAGUUGUUUCUCCUGCUGGUUUGUUUAUCGAUUUGAAAUAUGGAUUUCUUGGAGCUUCUCCUGAUGGUCUCGUAGGAAGUGAAUGCAUCAUAGAAAUUAAAUGUCUGUAUGGUGUACAUAAGGCAGGGCAAUCUUUAGAAGAAGCCGUGAUAAACAAAAAAGAUAUGUGCCUUGAAAUUGUGGAUAAUGGUAUGCGGUUGAAAAGAAACCACAAUUAUUUUUAUCAGAUACAAGGGCAAUUAAAUAUAUGUGGAAAGAAACGAUGCUAUUUGAUUAUAUAUAUUAACGAUAAAGAACCACUCUUUGUGGAAAUUAUUGAACGCGAUGAAAACAUAUGGGAAAGUAACAUAUUGCCAAAACUGAUUUCUUUUUAUAAAUCACACAUGCUUCCCGAGAUAAUCAACCGCACCGUAUCAAACGUCCGUACAUAGCUUGCAAAAAGAAGAGAGAAAUGUCAACUUUUUUUGUUAGGUAUUCUAAUGUAGUAUUCCACAGUGAUAUAGAAACUAUAAGUGAAGGUGAGGACGGUUAUUGAAAAUCCUUUAAAAUGAGUCCAAACUCGAUAGGUUUCUCUUUAAA